AUGCAAGCAGCACCUUUCAGCCCCAGUCGUCACGAUGGCGACGGCGUGAAUGCAGAGGUACUCCGGCAGCUGGAACUGGACUUGCCCCGAACCGCUGGAACGGAUGUGGCACUCCACGGCUGCAUUGGGAGGGUGCGCACGAUGAUCUUGCAGCACCUGGAAGACGACCCAGAGUUGGGCUACUGUCAAGGGAUGACCUUGGUGGCAGCGGUCUUUGCAGCUGCACACAAUGACGCUGAAGUAGAGGCCUAUCGCCGCUUCGCUGCCUUUGUUCAGCGCGUGCGUGGCCUUUGGUUGCCCGGAUCUUGGAAGGGAAAGGCUGCGGGCAAUGGGGAAACCGUUUGCUCAAAGUGGGCGCUGCAGUCUCGCUCCAACACUUGUGCCAUCAUGAGAAGCAAAGCGGUGCUGUUGCCUGCGGCAUGCGCUGGGCUUGUGCUCAUCUCGCUGAACCUCUCGGCCUUCAUGGUGGUGACACCCAGAACUUCUCAUGGCACCUUCGCUGGUGCCCAGUUGGAGCAGAUGUCGAUGCUAUCAGCCAAAGAAGGCGCCUCCGGGGCUGUGUCGAUGCCAUCCCCGGUGACGUCCGCGGCAGAAAGUGAGACAUCUGCGACGCAGCGUGCAGCUUUGGUUCCGCCACUGGUGGCCCUGUGGGGCUUUGCCAAUGCAGCAUUGGCCCGAAAGGCUCGGGGCCGUUCUAUCUUUCGGAGGGCAGGAGAUGGAGAUGAAGAGGAGGGAAGCUUCAAGAAGUUAAGCACCACUUUUUGCAACUUGUUCGCCGUUUGGCUGGCAAUUGCAGCUGCAGCAGCAUUGAAACAUCCAGCGUCCUUCACCUGGGUGAAGUCGGAAUACUUCACAGGUUUGCUGGGACUUCUGAUGUUCUCAGUUGGUAUCACCACAACGAUUGAUGACUUCAGGGAGUGCCUGAAACGCCCUGGAGCAGUGGCCAUCAAUUUCAUCUCCUGCUAUGGCAUUAUGCCAUGUUUGGCCUUCAUUUUGGCCAAGCUGAUCGGUGCUGAGGGUGCCAUCUUGGCCGGUCUGGUGCUGGUGGGCUCCAUCAAUGGUGGUCAGGCCUCCAAUCUCUGCACACUCAUUGCUGGUGGUGAUGUGGCAUUGAGCGUCUUGAUGACCACCUCAACCACCCUUGGAUGUAUCUUUAUGACUCCCCUGAUCUGCAAGCUGGUUCUGGGUGCUGUGGUGCCAGUGGAUGCGGGAGGGAUUGUGGUGUCCACCUUCCAAGUGGUUUUGGCUCCCAUCUUUCUGGGAGUUGGCUUCAAUACCCUCGCGCCCGGCUUCUGUAAGGCCGUGACGCCCUUCACUCCAGUGGUGGGAGUGGUCUCCACUGUGCUCCUGGUGGGUGCGUCCGUGGCAAAGUGUGCGGCGCCCAUCAAGGGUGCAGGGAUUCCCCUGCAGCUGGCCUGUUGCGCCCUGCACCUCUUUGGAGGUUUGCUGGGCUUCUUCGCCACAAAAGCAGCAGGAUUCAACGAGCGAACGUGCCGCACUGUAGCAAUCGAAACAGCUAUGAAAUCCAGCGCUUUUGGCUUCCUCCUGGCCUCCUUGCACUUUGGCGUUUGCCUUCAACGUCCGCGUUCCAUCCGCAGUCAGCGUGGUCUGGAUGGCCAUCGUCGGAAGUGUGCUGGCCGUGUACUGGAAGAGCAAGCCAGCAGCCGACGCGUAACGCUUUUUAGGCCUGGCUUUCCACUCCUGCAGCCCAGCAUUGCCUCCUUCGAGGCGCUGGCCAAGGGGAGGCCUUGGUUCAUGCACCUGGUGAGGUAUGGUGUACAAACCGAGAUGUUUUUACCUCAGGCCUUACUCUCGAUGCUGGUCACCUGGCUCCCCUUGAGAAGCCUUCUGCACUGCUUGCAGUUUCUUGAGUGCGGUCUAAAGUCCCUGCUGUCUUUGGCGGUGGCACUUCUGGACUCGCAGGAGAGCCAGUUGCUUCAGCAGCAAAGCUUCGAGGAGCUAAUGGAUACGAUACAAGGCCUAAAAAACUGCAAAGUGUGCCCCAACCGCUUGCUGGAGACUGCCGAAGCACAAGCAAAGGCGGUGGAUUUAGCAUCCUUUCCUGAGAGCGCCAGUGUGGCGAAUUUCAGAAGGUCUGGUCGACUUCAUCGCAAAGGGUCCAAGGUGGUAGACGAGGAGGGCAUUGAGAUUUUGGCUGCACCUACUGGUGGUCUUCCAAACAACUUGGAAUGGCUUGCCCAGCAAAAAGAGGACUCCGCUUCUGACUGGUGGCAGGGUUCAUCCCCCAUCAAUGCCAUCGGCUCGCUUUUCCACUGGAUCUUCCCGGACUGUGAGGCCCCAGGGAAAGAAGUAGCUGAAACAGCUGAGUCUGGGAAAGAAAGCACCUCCCACAGCAUGUGA